GCAUUCAAAGGCAGCUGCGCCCGGAUCAUCCUGGUCGGUGCCAUGGGCAAUGGCCAUGGGCUCUGUGCUGAGCCGGCGAAGCCUUGCACGCAGAUGGUGCACCAAUGCCUGUUCCCCAUGUACGUGGUGAAGAUUUCCGACUUCCUGGAGAUGGUGGGCACGCCAGAGCCGUACCAGGUACUUCAGGAGCGCGGGCUCCUACACAAGUGGAAUCCGGGCAUGUUCGUGAUCUUCGUGUCGCACCAGUGGCUUGGGGUCUCCCACCCGGACCCCGAGGGCCAGCAACUGUCCGUGCUGCGCAAGGGGCUGCGGUCGCUGCGAGAUAACACCCUGACGGUGGAAGCGGACAUUUCAGCCGUAGAUCUUGGCAAGAAGCUUCCCAGCAACGCCAAUGAGCGGAUCGCGAACGGAUAUCUAUUCCUGGACUGGUUUGCGAUCCCACAGGUCACUGCCAGGAUAGCUGGAGUCAAUGACGCUGAUGCAAAGUCAGAUGCCGCAUUGGCAGUCCAAAGCAUUCCUGCGUAUGUGGAAGCCUCUGACCUGUUCAUUGCUCUGGUGCCUCCCUUGACGCAUGUGGAUACAGGUGUGCGCUGCAGUUACGUCACCUGGCUCAGCCGCGGCUGGUGUAGGGCGGAGCUCUGGUGCCGCCUGCUUUCAAUCAGGGAGGACCCGAGCAUCAUCGUGCUGUUCUCGGCGAGGGACGCAGAGUUCAUGUUUCCCAUCGCCUGGCAGGAGAGGCGCAUCGUGGAUGGCUUAUUUACGGUAGAAAGCGACCGGGCCAUCGUCACCGAGUUGGGGAGAGUGGCGCUCAGCAACAAACUACAGCACCUUCGCUCUGCCGGGCCUUUGUCCUAUUUCCGUCUGCACCAAGCCAUCAAGCCAAAGUUGCUUGGCCAGGUCAGGAAGAAUUGGGGCAUGGCUGAGUUCCUCCAGGAGUUCAACUUUGCUGAUUCGGAGGAGGCUAUCAAGGAUCAGGGCGGGAUGACCGGGCUGCUAUGUGCUGUCCUGGGUGGCGCGCCGGAAAUGAUACGAACACUGGUGGAAUUGAAAGCAGACGUGCACUCACGAGCCUGGGGCUUAUCUGAGUUUGGCUACUACGACAGCCAAACGUUGCUGAUGGUCGCCUGCAAAUCCUCGCAGGAGACAUUGGUGUUGACCACCUUACUGAACAUGAGGGCCGAUGUUUCUGCCACGGCGCGAAGCGGCAUCACCGCCAUCUUCUUGGCGCGCCACCCGGGCCAAGUACACGCCCUUUUGGCUGCCAAGGCGGACCCCCACGCCACCAUGGCGGUCACUGGUGUGGCGAGUCGCGCUGGCGCUGAGGCUGUCCGGGCGCUCCUGGAUGCGAGGUGCAAUCCCGAUGAGAGCAAGAUGGGUUUCGGGCCUCUGCAUGCAGUGCCAAUGUACGGCCGCAGCAACGGCCAGAUUUUGGAGGUGGCGCAAGUGCUCAUUGACGCUCGCGCAGAUGUGAACAUGCGAGCACAUCCUUCUUCAACUAUAUCCAUGCUGUACUGCGCAUAUGCCAGACUGCAUGCCCGAAUAGUGGGCUUGGAGGGCCUAUCCGGCUUCCAGUUGAAGCUGGCCAUCCUAGAUGGCUGCACGCCUUUGGCAGUCGCGGCAGUCAUGGGGGAGGAGCCGUUAACAAAGCUACUCCUGGACGCACAGGCGGACCCGAACAUUCCCAAUGAUCGAGGGGAUGCACCGAAAGAUUUGGCACUGGCAUUGGGCCGGACAAAUCUGCUGCCCAUUCUGGACACGUUUCAAGUUUGAGCAUGUUAAGGCGAAACUGGCCGGCGCUAGAUGUGUGAAGGAUUCCCUUUCGGCGUUUGACACAUCAACUUAGCCACGUGGCCUCCCAGCUGUCGCAUCGUAGCUUAUUUGAGGCAUGGUUGCCAAGCAACGAAAGCCUCACUCGGAGAAGGGGACGACCAGUGCCCCGCGUUCUGCUGUGCCGAAGUCAAGCCCAAAGGCUAGGCUUGCCGCGAAAAGCAGCAAGGGUUCGCGCGCGCGCAAAGUG